AUGAGAGUUCUAGUAGCAAAAAUAUACAUUGUUCUUCUCGCAAUUUGCGGCCUUGGAAUCCAAGGCGGCGGUGCACCGGAAUAUCCCUCCGUCUCCUUCAAUUUGUGGCGUGCCACCUGGGCCACAUACAGAGACUUCAUAGGGGAACUGCGGGAAAAAGUGACACGGGGAACCGAACUAAUAAAUGGUGUACCAGUGCUGAGACCCGCAAAUUCAGUGCCGGUUCGGGAGCGGUUCGUUCUGGUUCCGCAAAUAGAAGAUCCUAUUUUUUUCCGCAACUCUAUGGAACUUCAACGCAACAAUUUAUUCGUCGACACUACUCAAACCUCGUUACCCUUCACCGUCAACUAUGGCCAAAUUGAGAAUGCGCCAGGAAUUCUCAGGGAAUCUAUCCCUUUGGGACCCACUCCCCUAGCUAAUGCCACCACAAGGUUGUGGUACGGUAGGAGCGUAGCCGAACCGCUCCUUGUGGUCGCUCAGAGGUCGCGGAAGCAGCAAGGUUCGGACUCAUUGAGGAACUUGUCCGCAGAAGCAUAA